CAUCAUCACUGCGCUUCGGCUAUCAUUUUCCGGGGCGGGGUGCCCCGAAACAGAGAACUCGGUUACUGGGUGAAAACUGCACGGCAACAGCAUCGACAACGACAACAACGAUAACAACCACAAUAACAGAUACAUCGAGAGCGAGCUGCAACUACGGACAAAAGUCAAAAGUUCAGCAUCGCAACAGAUUUCCUAGAUAUACGCGAGUGCACGCAGAGACAGGCGCCAGACUAUAGCUCCAUAUUGGUUGCUCGCCUCGCAGCCAGCUCAUCUGCUUUCCAUCUUUCAGUGCAUUUAGACCGUAAUGUAGGUCAGAAAUAGCCAUAAACUUAGCAACACUCGCAUUUCCAGCUACCGCCAGUGGGAAAUUUGAUUAGUGCAUGGAAAAUUGAAUUAAAAGUGAAACGCAUUUGGUUUCUUGGAUAAUCUCAGUGGAAUUAUCCAACAAAUGGUAGGCCAGAGGUGUCCAAAGCGGAUCGCUGACGAGCUGCGUGUGGAAAGUGUUUAAUCGAUAGUGAAAAGCGGCAAAAAAAGUGAAAAUCAAUUCCCCUGGCAAGAGCAUUGUUAUUGUCAGGCCUACCGGGUGGGGUGGAGUACUAACAACAUCUAAAGCAAAGAUUCAGACCAUACCAUCCCAAACAUUGGGACGCAACCCUCUUGAGGGUAGCUUCACACCCUCGUGUUCAGUCCUCAGGGUAGCCUUUAGAGUCUUCAGUCAGUGCAUUGCCCUGCAAUUAACCUAUUGAGAGGCGCGACUGCAGUUGAACCCACAAAAUGGAUUUCUACACCAACAACAAAGAGCUGCACAACACCGGCACUGUGCGCAAAAUGUUGGAGGACACCCAACUCGUGUGGGCGAGGGAUCCCGCCGAGGGGUAUAUACAAGGUCGCAUUACGGAAAUCGGUACCAAGGAGUUUGAGGUCACGCCAAUCGAUCGCAAAUAUCCGAAGCGCACUUGCAGCUACGAUGACAUUCACUCCUCGUGCGAUGGACCACAGGAUCAUGAUGAUAACUGCGAACUCAUGUUGCUCAACGAGGCCACAUUUCUGGACAAUCUGAAGACACGUUACUACAAAGACAAGAUCUACACCUAUGUGGCCAAUAUACUGAUCGCUGUGAAUCCGUACCGUGAGAUCAAGGAGAUCUAUGCACCCGAUACCAUCAAGAAGUACAAUGGCCGUUCGCUGGGCGAGCUGCCGCCGCAUGUCUUUGCCAUUGCGGAUAAGGCGAUACGGGAUAUGCGUGUCUAUAAACUCUCGCAGUCCAUCAUCGUGUCCGGAGAGUCGGGUGCCGGCAAGACAGAGUCCACGAAAUACCUGCUCAAAUUCCUUUGCUAUUCACACGACAGUGCCGGCCCCAUAGAAACCAAGAUCCUAGAUGCCAAUCCGGUGCUGGAAGCAUUUGGCAAUGCGAAAACCACUCGAAAUAAUAACUCCUCGCGCUUUGGAAAGUUCAUAGAGGUGCACUACGAUGCCAAGUGUCAGGUGGUGGGAGGCUACAUCUCCCACUAUCUGCUAGAGAAGAGUCGCAUCUGUACGCAGAGUGCUGAGGAGCGUAACUACCAUGUGUUCUACAUGCUCCUGGCCGGAGCACCGCAACAGUUGCGCGACAAACUCAAUUUGGGAAAACCAGAUGACUAUAGGUAUCUCUCCGGCUGCACGCAGUACUUUGCCAAUGCCAAGACGGAGCAACUCAUUCCCGGCUCACAAAAGUCAAACAAUCACCAGAAGAAGGGCCCCCUCAGGGAUCCCAUUAUCGAUGACUAUCAGCACUUUCAGAAUCUGGACAAGGCCCUCGGUCGAUUGGGUCUCUCGGACGAUGAGAAGUUGGGCAUUUACUCGCUGGUGGCGGCCGUUCUGCACUUGGGCAACGUUGCCUUCGAGGAGAUACCCGACGAUGUGCGCGGUGGCUGUCAGGUAUCCGAAGCCACGGAGCACUCGCUGACCAUCACGAGCGGACUCUUGGGCGUGGAUCAAACGGAGCUGCGUACGGCUUUAGUAUCUCGGGUGAUGCAGAGCAAAGGAGGCGGCUUCAAGGGCACGGUUAUCAUGGUUCCACUGAAGAUCUACGAGGCGAGCAAUGCCCGCGAUGCGCUGGCCAAGGCCAUUUACAGUCGCCUCUUCGAUCGGAUUGUGGGUCUCAUCAAUCAGAGCAUACCCUUCCAGGCCUCCAACUUCUACAUUGGAGUGCUGGACAUUGCGGGCUUCGAGUAUUUCACCGUCAACUCGUUCGAGCAGUUCUGCAUCAACUAUUGCAACGAGAAGCUGCAAAAGUUCUUCAACGACAACAUCCUGAAGAACGAACAGGAGCUGUACAAGCGCGAGGGUCUCAAUGUGCCAGAGAUCACGUUCACCGAUAACCAGGACAUCAUCGAGCUGAUCGAGGCCAAGUCCAAUGGUAUUUUUACGCUGCUCGACGAGGAGUCCAAGCUGCCGAAGCCAUCGCCCUGUCACUUCACUGCCGAGGUACACAAGUCCUGGGCGAAUCACUAUCGGCUGGGUCUGCCGCGUUCCUCGCGCCUCAAGGCACACCGCACGCUGCGCGACGAGGAGGGUUUCCUGGUGCGUCACUUUGCCGGCGCCGUCUGCUACAACACCGAGCAGUUUAUCGAGAAGAACAACGAUGCUCUGCACGCCUCGCUGGAGGGUCUGAUGCAGGAGUGCGAGAAUCCCCUGCUGAAGACCCUCUUCCCCUCGGGCAGCAGCACUUCCAUUCGUGGCAAGCUGAACUUCAUCUCCGUGGGCUCCAAAUUCAAGACGCAGUUGGGGGAAUUAAUGGAGAAACUAGAACAGAAUGGCACCAACUUUAUCCGCUGCAUCAAGCCCAACAGUAAGAUGAUCGAUCGCCAGUUCGAGGGCAGCUUGGCUCUGGCCCAGCUGAAGUGCUCGGGCACCAUAUCGGUGCUGGAGCUCAUGGAGCACGGCUUUCCAUCGCGUGUCCUCUUCGCCGAUCUGUACAACAUGUACAAGUCUGUGCUGCCUCCGGAGCUGGUCUCGCUGCCGGCACGCACCUUCUGCGAGGCCAUGUUCCAGUCGCUCAAUCUAAGUGCAAAGGACUUUAAGUUUGGCAUCACCAAGGUCUUCUUCCGGCCCGGCAAAUUUGUAGAAUUUGAUCGCAUCAUGCGCUCCGAUCCGGAGAAUAUGCUGGCCAUUGUGGCCAAGGUAAAGAAGUGGCUGAUUCGCUCGCGUUGGGUCAAGUCCGCGCUGGGAGCUCUGUGCGUCAUCAAGCUGCGCAAUCGCAUCCUAUAUCGGAACAAGUGCGUGCUGAUGGCCCAGCGCAUUGCUCGCGGGUUUCUGGCCAGGAAGCAGCAUCGACCACGCUACCAAGGCAUUGCCAAGAUCAACAAGAUCCGAACAAACACACUCAAGACAAUCGAAAUCGCCAACGGACUGAAGAUGGGACGCGAUGAAAUCGUUGGCGGUGUCAAUGAUAUCUACAGGCAGAUCGAUGAUGCCAUUAAAACCAUCAAGUGGACUCCACGCAUUACCCAACGCGAAAUCGACUCCAUGUACACUGUGGUGAUGGCCAAUAUGAAUAAGCUGACUGUUGAUCUGAAUACCAAGCUGAAGGAGCAGCAGCAGGCCGAUGAGCAGGAACGACUGCGCAAGAUUCAAGAGGCCCUGGAGGCCGAACGGGCAGCCAAGGAGGCAGAGGAGUACCGACAGCGCGAAGAAGCCGAAAACAAGCGAUUAAAAGUCGAAAUGGAGACACGCCGCAAGCAUGCAGAAGCGCAGAGACUGCGCCAGGAAGAGGAGGAUCGUCGUGCCGCUCUGGCACUGCAGGAACAGCUCCAAAAGGAGGCCAAGGACGAUGCCAAAUAUCGCCAGCAGCUAGAACAGGAACGACGCGAUCAUGAAUUGGCCCUGCGCCUCGCCAGCGAAUCCAAUGGCCAGGUGGAAGACAGUCCUCCUGUUAUACGCAAUGGUAUCAAUGACGCCUCUCCCAUGGGUUCCAACAAAUUGAUCAGUUUUUCACAAGUUGUGUCAAACAUUGCUUCGCGGUACUUGAAUAAAUCAGACAAUGUUCGAGCACAGCAGCAGGCCCUGGGCAAGCAGAAGUACGACUUGUCCAAAUGGAAGUACUCGGAGCUGCGCGAUGCUAUCAACACGUCCUGUGAUAUUGAGCUGCUGGAGGCCUGUCGUCAGGAGUUCCAUCGACGCUUGAAGGUGUACCAUGCCUGGAAGGCAAAGAAUCGCAAGCGCACCACCAUGGAUGAGAAUGAGCGUGCACCGCGCAGCGUUAUGGAAGCUGCCUUCAAGCAGCCACCGACUGUGCAGCCCAUCCAACAGAUUGUGACGGCCCAACAUCGCUACUUCCGCAUUCCCUUCAUGCGAGCCAAUGCACCGGACAACACCAAGCGUGGCUUGUGGUAUGCCCACUUUGAUGGCCAGUGGAUUGCCCGUCAGAUGGAACUGCAUGCGGACAAGCCGCCGAUUCUGUUGGUUGCCGGCACGGACGAUAUGCAAAUGUGUGAGCUGAGCCUGGAGGAGACGGGCCUCACGCGAAAGCGUGGCGCCGAGAUACUGGAGCAUGAAUUCAAUCGGGAGUGGGAGCGUAAUGGCGGAAAGGCCUACAAGAAUCUGGGUGUUAGGCCAAACGGCCCACAUCCAGGCAUGCAGAAACAACAAUAAUGAAAUAACCAUCCCCUUCCCCCCAUUCGGAGACAAAUCAAAUGAAAGCCGUUUCAGUGGUCCAGAGGUUAAAAUUUUUAGUUUUACAUACGAAAAAAAUUUCUGAAGUUUUACCCUUUGGUAAAAGUGACCACGUCCAUAAAAUUUAGUAAAUACAAUUAAUAAUCGUU